UCAGAUAAGGUAUAUCUAGACGUGCCUGGGUGUACCAUCCAGUAUAAGCAAGAACGUUGAAGAACGUCUUCGCGAGUUUGAUUGCGUUCCGCGGUACGAGAGACCGGAGUCGUCUGCUAGAGCGAACGAACUGUUAAAGGAGAUAGGAAUAAAUAUCCGCGCUCGCCGAAAUGCCCAACAUAAUAAAUGACAUAAAGCUGGACUUUAAGGACGUGCUGCUGCGCCCGAAACGAAGCACGUUGAGAAGCAGAUCCGACGUCGACCUUUUUAGAGAAAUUACAUUUCGCAAUUCUAAACAAACAUACAGAGGAAUUCCUGUAAUGGCAUCUAAUAUGGAUACAGUUGGAACAUUUGAAAUGGCAAAAGCUUUAUCAAAGCAUGGUCUUUUCACUACAAUCCAUAAAUAUUAUAACGCAGAUGAAUGGAAAAACUUUUGUGCAUUAAAUCCUGAUUGCAUAAAAAAUGUAGCAGCUAGCUCAGGAACAGGAAAUGAUGAUUACGAACGACUUUCAAGCAUUCUAGAAGCUGUGCCGGAAUUAUCAUUUAUAUGCUUAGAUGUUGCAAAUGGAUAUUCGCAACACUUUGUUGAAUAUGUAAGAAAAGUAAGAGCGCGAUAUCCGAAUCACACUAUAAUUGCAGGAAAUGUUGUAACAGGAGAAAUGGUGGAAGAAUUAAUACUUUCUGGAGCAGAUAUAAUUAAAGUAGGAAUUGGUCCAGGUUCUGUAUGCACAACACGGAUGAAGACUGGUGUGGGCUAUCCUCAAUUAAGUGCUGUAAUAGAAUGUGCAGAUGCGGCACAUGGCUUAAAGGGGCAUAUUAUUGCUGAUGGUGGUUGUACUUGCCCUGGAGACUUGGCGAAAGCAUUUGGUGCUGGUGCAGACUUUGUCAUGGCAGGUGGGAUGUUUGCAGGUCAUGAUGAAUGUGGGGGUGAAGUUAUAGAAAAAAAUGGAAAGAAAUUCAAACUCUUUUAUGGAAUGGCCUCCAAUACAGCCAUGAAGAAGCACGUUGGUGGUGUUGCGGACUACAGAUCUUCAGAAGGAAAGACUGUCGAAGUGCCUUAUAGAGGAUUAGUCGAAAACACUGUACUGGAUAUACUGGGUGGCUUAAGAUCCGCUUGCACUUACACAGGAGCCGAGCGUUUGCGUGAACUUCCGCGGCGAGCGACAUUUAUACGCUGUACGCAACAAUUAAAUCCUAUGUACGGUCCUCCUCCAGAAAUGUAAAGCGUUAUAUAAUUAUUAAAUUAUGCUCUCUUUAGAGAAAGCUUAGGAAAAAAAGUUUUAAACGCCAAUAUAUCUGUUGAUCGCGUAUUAUUUGCUGGCGAAUAAUAUUUAUAAAUGGGCGAAAAUGCAGUCUUAUUAGAAUGUUAAUAACUUGGUGUAGUAAUACCCAAGUAUUACGAAUAAUUAAUGUUAAAUACGCUCAAAAAUAGAAAAAUGAUAAACAUUAAUUCUUCAUGCACAAAAAAUGUAGAAUUUCGUUACGUUAACCGCUAUUUGCAUCAUUGAAGAUAUAUACACAAUCUUAUUUUAACAAUUUAUACAAUUCUAUAAUAAUAAAAUGAAAUAGAUUUUCUAUUUAUAUUUAAACAUAUUUAAACAACGAAUAUUAUACUCUAUUUAUACUUUUUUGUUGUUAUCUUUUUAUUAUAAAAUUUAAAUAUUUAUGUAUCUUACAAACCUUGCAUUAAACGUGCCCUAUAUCUAUGUAA